UUAUUUUAUUUGCGCUUUGCUUCCGAGCUCCGACCCCUUCCAAGCGAAGGCGAUCUCUUAUUCGAAUUAGGGUUUCAGAUUAUUGAGGUUCUCUCAGGGUUCCUCGUAAUAAUGGGAGGGGGGAACGGGCAGAAAUCGAAGAUGGCUCGCGAGAAGAACAUGGAGAAGCUGAAAGCUUCUAAGGGAAGUCAGCUCGAAGCAAACAAGAAAGCAAUGUCUAUUCAGUGCAAGGUAUGCAUGCAAACCUUUAUCUGCACCACAACAGAGGUCAAAUGCAGGGAACAUGCUGAGGCAAAGCACCCAAAAUCUGAUGUCUAUACUUGUUUCCCACAUCUUAAAAAAUGAAAGAACAAACAAGAAACAGUGUCAAGGCACGCUCUGGUAGCCAACCUCCUUGCUUUAUUGUUUAGCUCUGAAUCUUCGCCUUUUCAACUCUGUAGAAGGAUGCAUGAUUUCUGGACAUGAACUGUGUUUGCACGCUAGUUGGUGUGUUUAUUUAUGGUCUGGCUUCUCGUGUAUCACAAAAUUAGCUUUGGAUUAAUAUAUUAGUGGUAUUAUAACUAAUUGUUCGGUGGUUUGCUCCACAUUCUUUUGGCGAA